UUAAUACAGCCGAGUUAUGUUUUAAAAUCGAGUCAGCGUAGGUCAGGCGUCUCCCGAAACCCAAAUUCUCUCUCUCUCUCUGAUGCAGAUUGCAGACAACACCUACCAAUCACAUGUCCCUCGCCAUUUCUCCCCUCGAAUUGGAUCUACUCGCCAAUCGAUCGAAAGCCUCUCAGAUCUCUGCAUAAACAAGGCCAAAAACAUAGUGACAAGAAAAGGAGAUUAGGAAACCCUAAUUGAUCCGAGGGACCAUACCAUAGAUCUCUUCCAGUUCUUGGAGGAAUAGGAGGGCAAUGGCUUGCUUAGCCCUCUCUCUGCAACCCGCGAACGGAUCAGAUAUCCUUCUUCAGACUCGCGAGUGGUUUCCACCUGCAAGAGCUCUGGUCGCCCUCUCCGCUUUCCGCCAGACACGUCUCGCCUUCGCCAGCGGCAAGCAGAACUCGGCUGAGGAUGGCGAUUUUUCGUUAGGAGACGAUCCACUUGCUGCGUCGAGCGGGCAGGUAAUCGUGGGUGUCGAGAGUAAGUAUCGUGUUGUUUAUCGGCUCGUGAAUGGGAUAUAUGUUUUGGGGAUCACGACCGUGGAUCGGGAUGAUUGUGUGAAUAAUGUGUUUGAAUGCAUUGGGAUUGUUAAUCAGGCGGUGAGCGUUAUCGUUGCUGCAUGUCGUGGCGUCGAUGUGACGCCGGAGAAGCUGCACAGGAAGUAUGCGGAGAUUUACAUGGCUCUGGAUAUUGUUCUCAAGGGUGUUAGUAGUAUUAGGCUUGCUGCUAUGUUGGCGUCUAUGCAUGGUGAGGGGAUUGCCAAGAUGGUGCAUUCGGCCAUUGAUGCCGAGAAUAAGAUACGGGGAGCCGAUAGUUGGAUUAGUCUUGAGGUUACAUCCGUUGAGCAUGAGGCCAAUGUGGAGCUUUUCUCCAAUGCGAGGUUUGAACUACCUCCGGAGACGUUGGCAGCUGGUGAUGAGGUUGCUGCAACGCUUGCCCCUGUAGCACAAAGCACUGAACAACAAGAUCAACAACAGCAGAAGCAGGAGGAGGCUCAGGAAGAGAAGGAUCCUUUCGCUGCUAGUGAUGCUUUGAGUAAGCCGGAAGAGCUUGUGGGUGGGUUUAAGAAGAACAAGGAUACAUCAGCUACUGAUCUUACGAAGGCUCUUGCAGGGCUUGAAAUUACAACUCUUCCACCUGCUGCUGCCACACAAUCCACUUUCAUUAGUGUUGAAGGGUUUGAAGGGGACUAUGGUGGCGUAGAAUUCAGUAACGAGGAGGCGAGUCUUCGUGAAGCUUUUGAAGGCUUUGAUAAUGCUUUUGGUGGAGGUCUUGAUGCAUCAGAGUUUGUGGGGCCAACAAAGGUGGCAAAGAAAGACGGGCUGGGUGGACUGGAAGCUCUACAAUCUGGUCAAAGUGAUGCUGCGCCGACUGUUGCAACUGGAGCUGACACAGGCACUCCUCUUGAAAACAUUUUGGUGAAGAAAACAGAAAUGAAGGGUCCUGAGAUGUAUAUUUCUGAAGAGAUUAGUGUGGAGUUCAGAGAAUCACUGCUUGCUAGGGUGGGUUUAAUGGGUGUUGUCUAUUUGAAAACCUUACCUCCCAAAACAUCAGGUGAUAAAGAAACUGAGUUUUCCUUCCGUGUUGAGGGUACAACUGGAAUUAAGAGAGUUGUGAUGCAAAGUUCUUGUGUCAGCAGCCUGGGAAAUGGAAUGUUUCAUGUGAGGACAUCGUCUUCCGAGGAGCCAAUUCCAAUCUUGAAGUAUAGUUUUCUACCUCGUCUAACUCCAAUUCCUUUGAGGGUUCGCCUAGUAAAGCGUCAUAGUGGGACUCUACUCUCUGUGAUGAUACAAUAUGUGUCCAACCCAGAGCUAGCUGUGCCCUUAAGUGAUGUUACAUUUGUACUGAAAUUACCAGUAGAACCAUCACUGUUGAAGGUGUCACCGAGAGCUGUUCUAAACAGAUCAGAGAAGGAACUGAGAUGGCAUAUUCCAGAGGUUCCUUUAAAAGGCCCUCCUGGUAGGCUUAGGGCUCGGAUGCCUGUUGAUUCUAAUGCAGAAGAAGUUGGGGAAGAAAUUGAAGUUGUUGGUCUGGUGCAGUUUUCUGUACAAGGGACCAGGACACUAUCUGGGUUUUCCUUACGACCAGCAUCUGAGGGUAAGAUGGACUUCUAUGAAGUUAAUCAUAGGUAUUCAAGUGGAGUUUAUAUGUGUAAUUGAUCUACUUACACCACACAUUUCUUUCUAUUUUCAUCCAUUUGUUAUAUGGAGUGUUGUUUGGAAGUCUUGAUGAUAUUCUUGGAACUAGAGUUUUAAUGUGGAAUUGUGGAUUUAUUUGUUAUUUGUUAAGAGCGCUAUGUACCAUUUUGAUGUAUUAUUGACUUUUAAAAAGUAUAGUGUGUUUGUUCUUUUA